AUGGCUGAAGGAAGAAACAAUGCUACAAUUACCAGAUUUCUUCUCUUGGGAUUCUCUGAAUUUCCAAAGCUCACCGUUGUCCUCUUUUUAAUAUUCCUAAGCAUCUACUUCUUGACAGUGUCUUGGAACCUGGGUCUCAUCACCCUGAUCAAGAUGGACUCUUACCUGCACACGCCCAUGUAUUUCUUCAUCAAUAAACUUGCCUUCUUAGAUAUUUGUUAUGCUUCUUCCACAGCUCCCAAGAUGCUGUCAGAUUUCUUCAGGAAGCAGAAAUUCAUCUCCUUUACAGGAUGUGCCAUGCAAUACUUCUUUUUCUCUAGCUUGGGUCUGACUGAGUGCUGUCUCUUGGCAGCCAUGGCUUAUGAUCGAUAUGCUGCCAUUUGUAAUCCUCUGCUCUACACAACCAACAUGUCCCCCACCCUCUGUAUGCAGAUGGUGGCAGGAUCUUGUAUAACUGGAUUCUUUGGCUCAUUGAUCCAACUGUGUGCUUUACUUCAGCUCCAUUUCUGUGGGCCAAAUGUCAUCAACCAUUUCUUCUGUGACCUGCCCCAACUGUUGAUCCUAUCCUGUUCUGACACCUUUUUCUUUCAAAUCAUGAUGUCCGUGCUCACAGUGAUCUUUGGGCUCACAUCUGUCCUUGUUAUCAUGAUAUCCUAUGGUUAUAUUGUUGCCACCAUUCUGAAGAUCACUUCAGCUGAAGGCAGGUCCAAGGCUUUCAACACCUGUGCUUCUCACCUAACAGCAGUGACCCUCUACUGUGGCUCAGGCACCUUUGUCUAUUUGUGCCCUAGCUCUGAUGAUUCUCUGAGCCAAAAUAAGUUGGCCUCUGUUGUAUACACUGUUAUAAUCCCCAUGCUAAAUCCAUUGAUUUACAGCCUAAGGAACAAAGAAAUAAAAGAUGCCCUAAAGAGGUGGAAGAAGAGAACAUUCUCCUGGAAUUAUUGA